CGGUCCGGUUAGUGGCGUGGUCAGUCGUAGGCGUGGGUAGUUGGAGUAAUUAACGUUGUGUCUUGACAAGAGUUAUUUUCAGUUCUCAUUAAGUGAUCACCCGCCUCUUUGAAAUGGCUCAAGAAAAUAGUAUUCGCGCCUUGCUGACAGUAUUAUUGCUCCUCUUCUGCGUGCAUCAAGGUUUGUCUAUCAAGUGCUGGGUAUGUAGAUCAGAUUCAGAUCCAAAAUGCGCUGAUCCCUUUGACAAUACGACAGUGCCGAUUACCGACUGUAAACAAGAACCUGAUCUUGAGCACUUGCCAGGAGUCAGACCAACUAUGUGUCGUAAGAUUCGCCAGAAAGUUAAUGGGGUAUGGAGGUACUUUCGUAGUUGCGCUUACAUGGGAGAGCCAGGCAUUGAGGGUGACGAGAGAUUUUGUCUCAUGAGAACCGGGACUUACAACAUAUUCAUGGAAUAUUGCACUUGCAAUAGCAAGGAUGGCUGCAACGCAGCACCGUACAAUCACGGCAGUCUAAUUGUCUCGUUGAUAGCUGCCUUAGUCUCUAUGCGAUACGUACUUGUUUAUACUUAAUGAACUCUACCAAAGUUUAUAACUAGAUCUGAGAUACCCAAUCUGUCCAUAGUUUGAUCAAACGUCUUUGCAGUAUUGAGAUCCGCUCGUACUUACUUAAGGAGAGUAUUUUUAAUUGACAAUUCUUAGGAUCUGAACCUUACGGAGGCAGGGGCUGCAAAUUCUACAUGCAGGCCGCUGGACGCCGCUCGAAAACAAACGCGUGUCUCAGUUUUUUUUAAUCUAUACAUAAAAGUGCCUUUUUAUGUCUUGCUAGGAAAAUUUUUUAUAGUCGAUUUAAGAGGAUAUUUAUACGAGAACUUUUUAAACGAUUAUACAACAUCGCUUUUCUACGUUGGCGCGUUGAAAUCAAAUUCCGUGUCUCGAUAUACUUUUAAUCUACCCUUUCGUGCCUUGCUAGGGAAAUGUUUUAGUCGAAUUAAGAGGAUAUUUAUGCGAGAUUUUUUAAACGGUAUAUACAAUAUCACUUUUCUACCUUGGGACCAAAGGUAUAUUCGUUACCUUUUCAAGAAGAUGUUUGUUUUUAUCGACAUGAAAACAUAUGCUUGUGUCAUACUCUUCAGUUUAGAAUGGCUUAGUACAAACGGCGAACGCCACGGUGUUCACUGUACACACUUGUUUCGUUAUAUAUAUGAGUCCGUCCAGACUAUAUUAAUUAUAAAGAUCACGACGCUUUUUAUAUUUUUAUAUGUACUUUCCCAUGGAGUGUCGUUCAACGAACGUCACACAAAUAAAGCAUACCAUUGAUUACAGAAACGCACCAUUCCUUUAUGUGUUCUGUUACAUGUGUACAAUAAAAGUGAUAAAUAAAGAUCUAUGGAAAACAA